AUGAAGUCUGUACUUCUGGCGGGGCUCCUAACAGCCCUCGCCAGUUCCGUAAAUGGCAUCUACGAGUCUCAAGUAGGCCAGAUAGACUGGCAUUCUCAGUAUAUCGGAGUCCCCUGGAUCCACUCUCCAGCAUUGGCUCCGCGGAUUCAUCGAGUGGGCAGCGUACGACAUGGAACACCCGCUCAAGCUAUCUAUCUCGCUGCUACAAAGAAGAAUGUACUCGCAGCGCUGAAUCCUGCAGAGGGUAACGUUGUUUGGAGACGCCAGUUUGACGAGGACGAUGCCCUCGUCGGUUUCAAGGCCAAUAUGGACGGACUCGUGUCACUUUCGGGUAAUGGAGGCGCGACGGCACGCAUUUACGAGGCCAUAAACGGCAAUCUCAUCUGGGAGAACCACUUGCACGACCCUGCCACAGGACAUCUCGCGGGGGCAGCUCCUGGGGAACCAACCGGCACCGCAAUCGAAUUCGACUCGAUAGACGUCUUCAUCCUAAGCAACGGCCACACAGUCCGCCGUCUAUCUGGAGCGACAGGAGACACUCUCUGGGGGUGGACAAGUCCCGAUAUGGCGUAUGUGUCGGUGGUUUUAAGCAUCCGCAUCCUGAUGCGCACGGAGAAUGCAUUAUACGUACUCGGCAUUUCCAAAGGAAUCCGUGCUUUCUCCAUUCAUAUCACCAGUCUCGACGCAGCAACAGGGACCCUGUUACAUUCGGCAGAGAUUACAGCCAACAUCGAUUCGGCAGAUGCGUUUCAAGUUCUCAAGCUCGGACCUGCGAUAGGUGUAUGCAAGACUGCAGGUGUCGUUUGGUUGGAAAGUGGCAGUCUCAAGCAGGUCCUGCUUACUCCUGGACUCGAAGCCAAGUAUUUGAACAAACCGUCUGGCAAUAAAUAUGGUCCCUACGUCGCUUUAAAAGGUCUCCAAGUGACGGAGCGGGGAUAUGUCUCUGCCAUUUUAGAGGAAAAGGAUGGUCAAAAGGACGCUGUCCACAUCUAUAAAAUGGAUCUUGGAGGUCUGGGCUUGACGAAAGUCGGUGAUUUUGAACCAUCACCGUCAACGACUCCGUAUACCACUUAUGCUGGUGGUAUCGAUCGCGAAGGUAGAGCCUACGUGUCAAAGUUGGCUCAUUCGAGUACCUUGCGAUCCGCUUCCUACGAAGUAUUUGCGCCGGAUGCUGUGAACGGACGUGGAAUGACAACUGGGUUCACCUUUGAAUACGACUCGAGCGCCCAUGGUGAAAUAACCUUUGCUGCUCUCGAUGUCGCCAACCCGAGCGAGUAUAUCUACGUGUCUCGUAUCAUAUUGUCAACCUCAACUGGCGCCAUUCAACAAUGGCAGCAAGAGACCAACCAUUGGAGUAGAGAAGAAUCUCUCACAGAGAUAGAAGCUGUUGCGGCGCUGGACCUCCCAGAAGCUACUGUUGAUUCACGGCUGAUGUAUACGGCCAUGGAGGAGACACCAAUCCAACGGAUCACGCGCCAAGUACGAGAUAUGAAGGACCUCCCGUUCUAUCUGUUCCGCUUUAUUCAGCGGUUUAUGACGGGCAAAUAUUCGACGGUGCCAACCUCUGGUUCCAAUACUGCCGGCUCUUUAUGGCGUGACCUAUAUGGCUUUAAGAAGGUUCUAGUCAUUGCGACUGCAAGAGGAAAAGUAUUCGGAAUCGAAACCAACAAGGGAACCAUUGUCUGGAGCGAAAAGCUGGGCGCAAACAGCCCCGAUCUCAGCAUGAAGAUCAAACCCGUUCGUAUGACGGUUCUCAAAACGGUGUCUGAAGGGUUCCAUCCUGAAGUUGGGAUCGUCGUAGAGGUCGACCGUGCCAAUAAUCAAGGAGGGCGAACGCUGACAACUGGACUUGUUCGUGUGGACGCUACCACCGGUUCUAGCCACAGUAUCGUGUUAUUCCACGGGCCGACCCUAGAGGUCAAAGAGAUCGAUCUUCCAAAUCCUUCUGCUGGAUUGGGGAAGAAGAUGAUCGCUGUCGUGGACUAUGACUACAAGGUCCAUCUGUAUCCUUAUCAUAGGGAAGCGCUCGAGGCUUUCAACAACAUCACAGACCGAUCCACCUUUAUGCUUGUAACUGGCCCCCCGACUUCUCAAUUCGUUCAAGGAUACGGCAUCUCACAUAGGAUAUUGCCCGUCGAAGAGCUCGACAACGGUACUUCAACUACUCUGGAGCCUGUUUGGGAUACCUAUCCGACUUGGCGAUCUAACUUUGGCCCCGGCGAAAAGAUAGUCUCUACCGUCUAUCGUACACCCGGAUCUGCAGCAAGUCACGGCCGAGUACUUGCAGAUCGAACGACUCUUUACAAGUAUUUGAAUCCGCACUUGGCUGCUGUGGUAACGGAAACUCGUGCAAGACACGGAGCAAACCCCGCGGGAACACCUCGCGCACGAUGCACAAUCUACCUUAUUGAUGCAUCAAAAGGAACUGUGUUGUAUUCGACCAAUGUUCCUUCUAGCAAACGAACGUCUUUGGCCUGCGACGUCAAAAUGACGCUGGUGGAAAAUUGGCUCGUCUACCACUACUACGAAGACUCGUCAGAGUACGGGGAGGCGGGUACAAAGGGAUGGCGUAUGGUCUCGGUGGAACUCUAUGAAGGUGGGCCAAACGUCCGUCUGAAGAGCGGCGAACUUGGGCCCGAAUCUCCCAAGCGAGGUUCAAUUGAAACGUUGGAACAAGUCUAUGUCUUCCCUUCAGACAUUAGAACAAUCGCAACUACCUCGACGAAGUUUGGUAUCUCAUCAAAGGAUAUCAUUGUGAUCAAUGGCAAGGGUCAGGUGCAAACGUUCUCGCGCCGUUUCCUAGACCCACGAAGACCGAAAUCGAAGCCAACAGCGGCCGAGGCAGAGGAAGGGCUCAUACAGUUUGAUGUAUUGCUGCCAGACGAUUCUCGACGAGUUGUGUCCCACAACAGAGGAGUCUAUGCAGACAAGUUACUGACAACGUCAACGUCACUCGAAUCAACAUCACUCGUCCUCGCCUAUGGCACGGAUCUAUUCCUGACCAGAGUUUCGCCGUCUGGCACAUUUGACGUGCUCUCUGCGGGGUUCAACAAGAUCCAGCUUGUUCUUACGGUGUCUGGUCUUGGCGCUGCUAUUCUUAUCACCCGACCCCUUGUGAGGUCAAAGGUGCUGAACGCUCGCUGGUAUGCGUGA